AAGGGGUUCUCGAACGGGAGGGGGAAGUAGCGAGAGGAGACGGAAGUGACGAGUGUGGGUCGCAGACCCGGUUCCGGUUCCGGUUCGGAUGCGCGCGCAGGCCGGGAUGAAGCUCUUGACCCACAACUUGCUGAGCUCCCACGUGCGUGGGGUGGGGCCCCGGGGCUUCCCGCUGCGUAUCCAGGCCACCGAGAUCCGCGUGAGCCCCGUGGACUUCAAUCCGGACUUCGUGACGCGCAUGAUCCCCAAGAUGGAGUGGGCGGCGCUGGUGGAAGCGGCCGAGAGCCUGGGACACCUGUCUGAGCUGCCCAGGCAGCUGGAGGAGGGCUACGAGAAGGAUGAAGACUUUCUGAGGAAGGUGCACCACGUCCUGUUAGAGGUGGAGGUGGUCGAGGGCACUUUGCAGUGCCCAGAAUCUGGACGCGUGUUCCCCAUCAGCCGUGGGAUCCCCAACAUGCUGCUGAGUGAUGAAGAGGCAGCAUCCUAGGUUGCAGAGCUUUAUUCCCCCCCCCCCACUUUGUGUCCAUCUUUUAUUAUCAUUCAUCCAGGAUGAGCUUGUCAUCCUCCCGUCCACAGUCCCCAGACCACACAGAGCCCUGGGGGGAUGGUAUGAUUGCUGUUAUAUUUUUUUUCCUCAUUAAAGGUUCAAAACUGAA